AGAAGUUUAGAUGAGUUAAAGAUGGGACAGUCUAAUAAGAGAGCCUGCCUCUCACUCUCUCAGCUCACAGCUGAUUUCUUGUCAUCUCCUCUCUCAACAUUCCUCUUGUUUCUCUUGGUGUCUUCGAACUCAUAACAAUUUCCGAUUGCAGGAGAAAAGGUACACAGAGAGAUAAACUGAGAGAAAAUUCUCACUGAGAGUAUUCUCUUACUGAUAAGAAGAAUUUUGUUCUUUUGUGAAAGACAAUGGAGCCCAUAAUUCUCGUACACGGUGGUGCAGGAGAUAUUCCGGAUAGUCGUGAUCAGGGGAAGCACGAUGGGGUACGUCAGGCAGCCAGGAUUGGCUACAGUGUCCUCAGGGAGACAAAUUCAGCCCUGGAUGCCGUGGAGGCGGCUGUAAAGUCCAUGGAAGUCGAUGAGAACUUCAAUGCAGGCUACGGGUCUGUCUUGACGCUCAAUGAGACCGUUGAGAUGGAAGCCAGCAUUAUGAGAGGUGCUGACCUGGCCACGGGCUGUGUUACCCUCCUUCGGGACAUUAAGCACCCCAUAAGUCUCGCCCGGAUGGUGAUGGAGAAGACACCACAUAAUUUCCUAGGAGGUGAAGGUGCCAUGGACUUUGCCCGUGAGCAGGGAGUUGAAAUUCUCUCACCACCUGGACAACUUGUCACAGAUCAUGCAAAGAGAGCUCUGGAAUCAUUCAAGAAGCAACAAAAUCUCGGGAAUUCCCAGCCGGGAAAGACCGAAAUUGGCCAUGAAGCUCCAGUUCCGGGAGAAGUGGGUACAGUGGGGGCUGUUGCCAUUGAUACAGCAGGAAGGAUUGCCGUGGCAACGUCCACAGGAGGAAUUACGGGGAAAUACGUGGGCAGGAUUGGCGAUACUCCACUUUUGGGUUGUGGAACGUUUGCUGAUGAUCGUUUUGGUGGGGUCUCCACCACUGGACACGGGGAGAGUAUAAUGAAAUUCGUCCUGGCUAAGGAUAUAAUCAAUCGCAUUGCAUUCCAAGGUGUUACAGCACAACAGGCCACGGAGGAAGCAGUGAAAGAAAUGACAAAGGUCACAGGAGGAACAGCUGGGGCCAUCACCAUUGAUAAAGACGGGAAUAUUGGGAUUUACUUUUCAUCGAAGAAAAUGUCCUGGGCCUACCAGAAGGGGCAUGAAAUCACCUACGGGAUUCGCCAUGGUGAGAGUAUUACUGGGAGGUUUCUCUAGAAAUGCCUGAAGGAUUUUAAGGACUCUUAUCAUCAGGGAUAUCUUCUUUAAAACAUGCAGGAAGGGAAUAUUUUGUAUUUUAUCUUGAAUUCCUAAUAAAUAAAGAGAUUUUUACAAAAGAA